AGGAGCGGCUGCGCGUCGCGGAUCCCCAGUCCUGGGUAGAUGGCGCCGGCGGAGCGCUGCACAGUUUGCCGCCAGACCUUCUUCUGCGGCCGCGGACACGUCUACAGUCGCAAGCACCAGCGGCAGCUGAAGGUGGCUUUGGAGCGGCUUCUGCCUCAGGUGGAGGCCGCCCGCAAGGCCGUCCGCGCCGCUCAGGUGGAGCGUUUCGUGCCCGAGCACGAGCGGUGCUGCUGGUGCCUGUGCUGCGGCUGUGAGGUGAGGAAACACCUGAGCCACGGAAACCUGACCGUGCUGCAUGGGGGGCUGCUGGAGCAUCUGGCCAGUCCAGAACACAAGAAAGCAACCAACAGAUUCUGGUGGGAGAACAAGGCUGAGUUCCAGAUGAAAGAGAAGUUUUUGAUCUCCCCCCAGGAUUAUGCACGAUUCAAGAAGUCCAUGGUGAAAAGUCUGGAUUCCUAUGAGGAAAAAGAGGAUGAAGUGAUUAAAGAGAUGGCAGCUCAGAUCCGUGAGGUGGAGCACAGCCGGCAGGAGGUGGUUCGGUCUGUCUUAGAGGUUGGUUUCCCUCGGAGGAGCCAGCGCACCUCAGACAGUGCCAGACCCAGAAGAGGGCUCUUCGGCACCUGGAAGCUGGAACGGGACAAACAGGUAAGAUUGUUAGGAAACCUCUUAUUGAGAGUUCUGACAUCUCUUAGAACAUUCUGUAACUCUGGCUGGGAAAAGGGAACAAAUCUCAUCUUUGCUAUCCUCAUGGCUCAAGGACCUUGUCUGCCAGCCUGGCUCCUGUUUGUCUUUUUCAGCCAAGUAGCCUCCACCUCACAGCAGCCCUCAUAUGUGGACCUGCCACCAGCCCCAGAGCUUGACUGGAUGGAGACAGGACAACCUCUGACAUUCAUUGGCCAUCAGGAUACACCAGGAAUUGGUAACAUCCACUCAGGUGAGACCCACAGCAAUGUUUCUCAAACUGUAAGAAGCUUUUUUUUUAAGAGAAUAAAGUUGAUUAAGAUACAGCACCGUCAGUGAACUUGGGAUCUUUGAGACACACUUGAGUUCUAGGCCUUUCACUGGUAGAAGAGUAUCGAAGACACGUAUGUCAAAUGCAUCUGAGUAACUCAGGAAAGUAACAGAUGUACAUUCACCUGCUUACCGGAUUUUUUUUUUUUUUAACUUUCAGAUCUAAGGUGUUUUAAAAGUUAGAAAAUGUCAGACGUGGUAAUUCUUGUAAGGGUUUUUGUUCAACCACUAUAUAAGUGUGUGUUAAAAAUUUUUUUGAAAUAAUACACUUAAGAGUGAAAAUAAAAAGAGUAUAAACUAAACAACAAGGUCCUACUGUAUAGCACAGGGAACUAUAUUUAAUAUCCUGUGGUAAACUAUU